AUGGAUUUAAACUCAGUGCAAGAUCUCAAGAAUGUACUUCGUCCUGACUUCUUCCACGGCUACGCCACAGCAGCAGCCCAAAUAGAAGGCGCCUGGAACAAGGACGGCAAAGGCGUAUCAAUCUGGGAUACAUUCGGCCACACACCAGACAAAAUCGCCGAUGGAAGUACAGCCGAUGACGCCGUCCGAGCUUACGACUUUUACCGCGAAGAUGUGGCACUCAUGAAGUCCUAUGGUGUAAACGCCUACCGCUUCUCUCUAUCCUGGUCUCGUAUCAUCCCCCUCGGUGGCCGCGACGACCCCGUCAACGAACUAGGAAUCAAAUUCUACUCCGAUCUCAUCGACGAACUCCUCCGCAAUGGAAUCACCCCCUUCCUCACCCUAUUCCACUGGGAUAUCCCCCAAGCCCUAGAAGAUCGGUACGGUGGCAUGCUGAACCAGGACGCCUAUACGCCGGACUUUGUGCGCUACGCCCGCGUCUGCUUCGAGCGCUUCGGUGACCGCGUCAAGCAUUGGAUUACAUACAAUGAGCCGGGCGUCUAUACCCUCGCCGGUUAUGCAGCGGGUGUCCACGCGCCAGGUAGAUCGUCCUUCCGUGAGCGCAAUACCGAGGGUGAUUCAUCCACAGAGCCGUUCACCGUCGCGCAUACUGAACUCGUCUCGCAUGGCCAUGCUGUGCGCUUGUACCGGGAGGAGUUCCAACCCCAGCAGAAGGGAACUAUUGGCAUCACGCUGCAUGGCAAUUGGUCCGAGCCGUGGGAUGAGGAGGACCCACGCGACCAAGAGGCUGCGGAGCGUGCGCGCGAGUUCGAGAUUGCUUGGUUUGCGGAUCCGUUGUACAAGACAGGUGAUUAUCCUGCAUCUAUGCGGGCGCAGCUCGGUGACCGGUUGCCGAGGUUCACGGAAGAGGAAUCGAAGCUUGUGCUUGGGAGCUCGGACUUCUAUGGCAUGAAUAGCUACACGACUUUCUUUGUGAAGCAUACAACAUCUACGCCUGAUAUCAAUGAUCACAAGGGCAAUGUGGAGAUCUUUGAUGAGAAUAAGCAAGGUGUGUCUCGUGGGGAGGAAAGUGACACCCUGUGGCUGCGGGCUGCGCCCGGGGGAUUCAGGAAGUUGUUGAAUUGGAUCUAUAAGCGAUACCAGAUGCCAAUUUAUGUCACUGAGAAUGGUACUACCGCCAAGGGUGAAACAGCCCCCACACCUGAGGUUCUUAAUGAUGAGUUCCGCAUCAAGUUCUUUGAGGGCUAUGUCGGCAAUGCGUUGGCGCGGGCUGUGAAGGAAGACGGAGUUGAUAUCCGGUCUUACUUCGCUUGGACAUUCACUGAUAAUUGGGAAUGGGCCGCUGGGUAUGCGGAUCGCUUUGGUUCCACAUUUAUCGACUAUGAGUCUGAAGAAAAGACUCGCUAUCCCAAGCAGUCUGCGUAUUACCUGAACAAGUUGUUCAAGCAUUUGAUUAACGAUGCAUAG